AUGAGACGAACAUUGUAUCUUGAUCAUCAAACCAAUUGUAUUUUCUUUUUAGAGCCAAUAUGCCCCUUUCUGUUAGAGUCUCAAACUCAAGAUUGGAUUGGUGUCGAAGGACGUCAGCUACCAAUUGCAUUAGGAGAUUUCAAUAAUGAUAAUCAGUUAGAUAUCAUCGUUACUCAACGCGACAAUAAUAAAAUAAAUAUCUUCUUGGGAUACGGAAAUGGAGCGUUUCCAGCGAAACCAACGACAUCAGUAACAUCUUCUUCUCUUCCAUACUUCAUUGCAGUUGGUGAUUUUAAUAAUGAUAGUUGGUUGGAUUUUGCCAUUGCUAAUUAUGAUCACAAUAAUAUAGGUAUUUUUCUCGGCUAUGGUAAUGGAACUUUCACAAAUGAAAACAUACAUUCAACUGGUUCUUCUCGUCCGCUUUCGCUCUUGAUUCAUGAUUUCAACAACGACAAAAAAUUAGAUAUUGUUUUCGCUAACGAUGGCACCAACAAUAUAGGUGUACUGCUGGGAUCUGAUAACGGAAAUUUUACCAACCAGAUGAUGUUUUCAACUGGUUUUGAUUCUCUUCCUCGCGCGGCCAUCGCUGGUGAUUUCAACAGCGACAAUCGAUCAGAUAUCGCUGUCGCCAAUUCUGGCACUAACACUAUUGGAGUUUUUCUAGGAUAUGGCAACGGAACUUUUUCAAACCAAACUAAAUAUCCAACAGGUGGUCAUCCUAUUUCAUUGGCCGUUGGCGAUUUCAACAACGACACCCGACUGGAUAUCGUUGUAAUCAACUAUGGUACUAAUGUACAAGUACUUCUUGGGAAUGACAAUGGAACGUUCACAAGCCAAGCCACGUAUGUAACAGGCUUCGGUUCUUAUCCUAGUUCGGUAGCUGUGCGUGACUUUAACAAAGACGGUCGACUCGAUAUCAUAGUCGCCAAUGGUGGUACUAACAAUCUAGGUCUCUUUCUCGGAUAUGGUGAUGGAACCUUCGAAAACCAACGGUUAUAUCCUAUAUAUAAUGGGGCUCCACACAUACUUGACGCUGGAGAUUUGAACAAUGAUAAUUGGAUAGAUGUUGUCGUUGCUAUUGAUAGCUCUUAUAACGUGGGUGUCUUUCUUGGGGGCCCAGAUAAAAAUUUUACCAAUCUUACAACAUAUUCAACCGGUGGCCAAUCUGAUCCGUACUCCGUUGUCGUGGGCGAUCUCGAUAAUGACUCACGGCUGGAUAUUGUUGUAGCAAAUUAUUAUAGUUACGAAGUAGGUGUGUUUCUUGGACAAGGCAACGGAAAUUUCGGUGCAAGAAUGACAUAUUCAACGGGGUCAUAUUCUUACCCGACUUCGGUUGCCGUUGGGGAUUUUAACAACGACAUUCAGCUGGAUAUCGUUGUAGCCAAUUCUGGUACUGGCAACAUAGGCAUUUUUCUUGGAUAUGGCAAUGGAACGUUUUCAAAGCAAACUACAUAUCCAACAGGAUGGAGUUCUAAGCCAAUGUCGGUUGCCGUUGGGGAUUUUAACAACGACAUUCAGCUGGAUAUCAUUGUCGCCAAUGCUGGCACUGACAACAUAGGCAUUUUUCUUGGAAAUGGCAAUGGGACGUUUUCAAAUCAAACUACAUAUCCAACGGGAUCGAAUUCUGAGCCGACCUCUGUCGCCGUUGAUGACUUUAACAGCGAUAACCGGCUUGAUAUCGUUGUCGCCAAUGCUGGCACUGACAACAUAGGCAUUUUUCUUGGAAAUGGCAAUGGGACGUUUUCAAAUCAAACUACAUAUCCAACGGGAUCGAAUUCUAAUCCGAAAUCGGUCACCAUUGGUGAUUUGAACAACGACGCUCGAUUGGAUCUUAUUGAAGCCAAUUUCUACAGUAACGACAUAGGUGUGCUCCUUGGAAAUGACGAUGGAACUUUUUCUACUCAAACAAUAUAUUCAACUGGAUGGGAUUCUUACCCGAUAUCAGUCGCUAUUGGUGAUUUCAACGGCGACAAUCGAUUGGACAUAGUAGUUGCACUUUAUUAUUAUUUCUCUAUAGGUAUCUUUCUUGGAUAUUAUAAUUCACCUUUUACAGUUCCUGUAAUGUAUUCAACUGGCUCACUUCAUACACCGUUUGCACUCACGGUUGCAGAUUUUGAUAGUGACGAUCAAUUGGAUCUCGUUGCCACUAAUUAUGGUGACGGUAAUGUAGCCAUUUAUCACAAUUUUGCAAAUGGAACAUUCCAAAGUUCUAAGUUAUAUUCAACGGGCUACAUCACUGGUCUGUCUUCUAUUGCGGUUGGUGACUUCAAUAACGAUCGUCAAGUGGAUGCGGUAGUUGCUAAUUAUGAAAAUGACAAUAUUGCCUUCUUUCUCGGAUUCGGAAAUGAAAGUUUUGGGGACGUCAUAUCAUACACAACUGGGCUUUAUUCUGGUCCCUGUUCAGUUGCCGUUGGUGAUUUCAAUAACGAUGGCCGGUUGGAUAUUGUUAAUGCCAAUAAUGCCGAUAACAGUAUAAUUUUAUUUCUUCAUUAUGGCUUCGGAGCCUUUGUGAACAAGAAAAAAAUGUACUCAACGGCUUCUGAUAAACCCUCUCGAUCGGUUGCCUUUGGUGAUUUCAACAACGAUACUCGAAUGGAUUUGGUUGUAGCUAAUUACGAAAGUUUCACUAUUACUGUGCUACUUGGAAAUAGUGAUGGAGCUUUCUCGAACCAAACUACAUACUUUACUGGACCUGAAUCUUCUCCGUAUUCGGUUGCAGUUGGUGAUUUCAACAAUGACGCACGACUGGAUAUUGCUGUCGCCAAUAAGUGGACUUUUAAUGUAGGUAUUUUUCUUGGACAUGGUGACGGGACGUUUUCCGAUCAAAGCACAUACCCAACGGGACCGAAUUCUAAACCAACCACGGUCGCUGUUGGUGAUUUCAAUAAUGAUACUCGACUCGACAUCGUUGUAACCAAUUAUGGUGGUUACAGUAUAGGUGUGCUUCUUGGCAAUGGCGACGGAACGUUUUCGAAUCAAACCGAAUACCAGACUGGCUAUUAUUCGUGGCCAUGGGGAAUUGCGGUUGGUGAUUUCAACAACGACGCUCGACUGGAUGUCGUUGUAAGUAAUCAAUAUGGUGACAAUAUCGGUGUAUUUCUUGGAAAUGGUGAUGGGACUUUUUCCGAUCAAACCGCAUACCGUACCGGAGAGAAAUCUUUGCCGAUUGGGAUUGCCGUUGGUGACUUUAACAACGAUAGUAGACUGGACAUUGUUGUAGCCAAUUAUGGUGGUGAUAAUGUAGGUGUGUUUCUUGGCAAUAGCAAUGGAACGUUUUUCAACCAAAGCAAGUAUUCAACUGGUUAUGUGUCUGGUCCGUAUUGGGUUGUCGUUGGUGAUUUCAACAACGAUGCUCAACUGGAUAUUGCUGCCGCUCUCUCUCUUUCUGACAACUUAGCGAUCUGCUUCGGAGAUGGAAAUGGAUCUUUCAGUAGCCCAACAACGUUUGGGACUGGUACUUCAACUUAUCCGUGGUAUUUGAUAGUGAAUGAUUUCAACUAUGAUAACUGGCUUGAUGUAGCCAUCGUCUUUGGAAAUGUUGGUGGUGUCACUGUUUUGUUGGGAGAUAGAAAUAGAAUGUUUCUAGUACCUAUGAAAUAUUCAACUGACCCAAAUUCUGCUCCACAAACUAUUGUUGUUGGAGAUUUCAAUAACGAUAAACAUUUGGAUGUAGCUGUUGCAUGUAGCAAGAGUAAUAAUGUAGGUUUAUUUUUUGGAUAUGGUGAUGGACGUUUUUCAAACCAAGUAACAUACUCAACUGGUGCUGAUUCUCAGCCGUGGUCAAUUGCUGUGGGUGAUCUCAACAACGAUACUCGACUCGAUAUUGUAGUGACAAAUCGUAAUAGUAACAAUAUAGGAGUUUUUCUUGGACUUGUAAAUGAAACGUUUAGCAAUGUAAUGACGUAUUCAACCGGUUUGCUUUCUGAUCCUAUAUCCGUCGUUAUUCUGGAUUUUAAUAGGGACGAUAAAUUAGACAUUGCUGUUGCCAACAAUCUUGCCAACAGUAUCAGCAUAUUUCAAGGAUAUGGGGACGGAACAUUUUUGAACCCAACGGCAUACUUAACUGGUUAUAAUUCUCAUCCAGUUUGGAUCGUCGUCGGUGACUUCAAUAAGGAUGACUGGAUGGAUAUUGCUGUGGCCACCUUAGGUACAAAAAAUGUAAAAUUCCUUUUAAAAUCAUGUUAA